UCCUCCUCUCCCAUCAGUAUAUCGGCAAAGUUGCUGGCACAUAAAAUGGAAAAUGCUUUAGAGGCAGCAGUCUAAAAAGACAACGACAAACAGUGUGCACGAUAAACAUUUCACUAUUGGGAAGACAACGAGCUACAGGACGGAAGAAGCCCACGCAGCCCUGAAGCCUGAUUAGUCGCAAGCUGGCUGCUUCAGGAUCAGUUCACUACUGCGGUGUCUCCUAAAGGAAAAAAAAUGCCCAGUUGAAUAUCGCAAGACAUUGACUUUGAAGGGAAAGGAACUAAUUGCUUCAUACGAAAAAUCGCGAAAGGAUCUAGACAAAGGGGCAGUGGCCGCGACUGCGUUGAAUGUCUUCAGGGGAGCACUUUUUCUUGUUUGGCGGAGUUGGUACCGAGUGAAAGGUGGAAAACAACUGAGGGCUUCGAAGGAAAACAGGACGCAGAUUGCCGCGCGACGCUGCACCUAGCGAAGGCAUUGCGGCGUCCGGGGUUUAGCGCACAAACGGGUGGAUCUCUGGGCUAUAUGCAUUUGGGUUUUUUCCCCCUUUUGUGUCGGAGAUUAAAAAAAGCAGAACAAAGAGGGACUUGGGGAUGCGAGAGCGACAGCGAGCUUCUCAGCGCAACGUUUGAAGGAAGGCCCGAUGCCUUUUAUAAACCUGCAUUAAACUGUUCAACAAACGCAUUAAAGACUUGUUCGGAUUAAAGAACCGAGAGAGAACAACAACAAAAAAAAACAACUUCUAAGAAUCCAAAAUGUUCCCCCAAAAUCGACCUCCGGCACCUCUUCAGCCACCCCAUGGGUCCUCAGCUUCGGUGGCUGCAGCAGCCGCAGCCGCAGCCGCGGCGGCGGCGGCAGUGUCUGGGGCCCCCCCCUCCCUGAAGCUGACCUACCCCGAAACCCUGGACCGCAUCAAGGAGGAGUUCCAGUUCCUCCAAACUCAGUACCACAGCCUGAAGCUGGAGUGUGAGAAGAUAGCAACAGAGAAGACUGAGAUCCAGAGGCACUACGUGAUGUACUACGAAAUGUCCUACGGCCUGAACAUCGAGAUGCACAAACAGACCGAGAUCGCCAAGCGGCUGAACGUGAUCUGCGCCCAACUCAUUCCCUUCCUGUCACAGGAGCACCAGCAGCAGGUGGUCCAAGCCAUGGAACGUGCCAAGCAGGUGACUAUAGGGGAGUUGAAUGCUGCCAUAGGGCAGCAGCUGCAGGCCCAGCACCUCUCUCAGCAUGCCAGCCUGCCACUCGGCCCCCACCCCUCUGGCCUCCAGCACCCUGGCCUGCUGGCCCUCUCCGGGGCCCUCGGGGCUCAGCUUGUCGCCAAGGAUGAGAGGGCCCACCUGGAGGCCGCUGCUGCCGAGCACCACAGAGACCGAGAGGCUGGCCCGAGCUCACUAACUAAUGGGGAUAAAGGUCGGCCAGCUGACUACCUCAGCAAUGGGAAAAAGCGGAAGGCAGAAGACAAGGACUUCAUGCCCGACUAUGGCAGCGAUGCUGAGAAGAGUGAUGACAACCUGGUGGUGGAUGAGGACCCCUCAUCUCCUCGCAGUGUGCAGUCUUACUCGUCGCGUGAGAAUGGCCUGGAGAAGCUGCCGGCCUCCCGGAAGGAGGCGCAGCCUCGGGCCAGCCCCGCCUCUCUGGCCUCCUCCAGCAGCGCGGCCUCUCCGUCCCGCAGCCGUGGGGAGUCAGGGGCUGACAAGUCCAGCACCCCCUCGCUGAAGCCAGGUACCUCUAUGCCGGAGUCGUCCACCCCUGGCUCCAGUGGACCCCCCCAGUUCCGACCUGUUCUCGGGAAGCCUGGUAUGGACGCCCUCGCCCUGGGCCUGCGGAACCCUCUGGCAGUGCAGGGGGCCUACCCGCCCGGGGCCUUUGGAUUGGCCCCCCCAGGGGCAAACGGGGAACUAGGUGGGGCAGCAGGAUACGGAGUGGGACUGCACCUAGUGUCCUCCCAGAUUAACGGUUCAGCGGCCGCUGGGUACAGCCAAUCUCCUGUGGUGGGGUACGAGUCACCCCAUCCACACAUGAGGGUCUCCAGCAUUCCUGCUGCAAUGCAGUCUGCAUCGUCUGCUAAACCGGCCUACUCCUUCCACGUGAGCGCGGACGGGCAGAUGCAGCCUGUACCCUUCCCCCCCGACGCCCUGCUGGGCCCCGGGAUCCCGCGCCACGCCCGGCAGAUCCACACGCUGAGCCACGGGGAGGUGGUGUGCGCCGUCACCAUCAGCGCCUCCACGCGGCACGUCUACACCGGCGGCAAGGGCUGCGUGAAGGUGUGGGACAUCAGCCAGCCGGGCAGCAAGAGCGCCAUGGCCCAGCUGGACUGCCUGAACAGAGACAACUACAUCCGCUCCUGUAAGCUCCUCCCCGACGGGCGAACUCUGAUAGUGGGAGGGGAGGCCAGCACCCUGUCCAUCUGGGACCUGGCCACACCCACCCCCCGCAUCAAGGCGGAGCUGACAUCAUCGGCCCCCGCCUGCUACGCUCUGGCCAUCAGCCCCGACAACAAGGUUUGCUUCUCCUGCUGCAGCGACGGAAACAUUGUGGUCUGGGACCUGCAUAACCAGACCUUGGUCAGACAGUUCCAGGGCCACACAGAUGGGGCCAGUUGCAUCGACAUCUCCAACGACGGGACCAAGCUGUGGACGGGGGGGCUGGACAACACGGUGCGCGGGUGGGACCUGAGGGAGGGGCGGCAACUGCAGCAGCAUGACUUCACCUCCCAGAUCUUCUCUCUGGGCCACUGUCCCACAGGAGACUGGCUGGCCGUAGGGAUGGAGAGCAGCAACGUGGAGGUGCUGCACGUGUCCAAGCCCGACAAAUACCAGCUGCACCUGCAUGAGAGCUGCGUGCUCUCGCUCAAGUUCGCCUACUGCGGUACGUGAUCGUUGUUUCGGAGCCUCUGUGCGCAGCCGGCUUUGUCUGAGCACACGGGCCUGU